AUGGAGCAAACUUUCAUCAUGAUCAAGCCCGACGGCGUCCAGAGGGGUCUGGUCGGUCAAAUCAUCUGCAGGUUCGAGCAGAAGGGUUUCACUUUGAAAGGUCUAAAGCUGAUCACUGUGGACCGUCCAUUUGCUGAGAAGCACUACCAAGACUUGUCAGCCAAGCCUUUCUUCAGUGGCCUUGUUGAUUACAUUAUUUCUGGCCCAGUCGUUGCCAUGAUCUGGGAGGGAAAGAAUGUUGUGUUGACAGGAAGGAAGAUCAUUGGUGCAACAAACCCUGCAGCAUCUGAACCAGGAACCAUCCGUGGAGAUUUUGCAAUUGACAUUGGCAGGAACAUUAUCCAUGGCAGUGACUCAGUUGAGAGCGCUAACAAGGAAUGUGCGUUGUGGUUCCCUGAUGGACCUGUGAACUGGCAGAGCAGCCUUCACUCUUGGAUCUACGAAUGA